AUGGAUCAAAGUUGGAUGUACGAUAGAGUAAAUUCCAAUAGGUAUGGUUUGGAAGAUGGAUUUGUUAGUGGAGUUGAAGAUUUUGUCAUUAAAGCCAUUAAUCGAUUAGAUUUUUUAAAUGAUGGAGGGAUAAGAGCUCAUCAUGAUGUUGCUAUAGAAUUGGAGAAAAAGUUGAGCCGACCACCAAAUCUGGACGAGCUCUUCAUGGUCACCCACAAAAAGAAGAAUGGGCAGUGGAUUGACCGUCGUGCAGAGAAUACAUAUGUAAGACCUUCUUUAUGCCUUAACUUAAUUUCAUAUAUGUGUCUAGUUUUUUCAUACUGCAUUAAUGCUUCCAUAUUGCUUCCAUAUUGCUUCCAUACUGCAUUUAGCUAA